CCUGAUUUACUUGGCCGAGCUCCGCUGACGGUGGCGGGCUCCACGCGGGUUGGAACCCCGUCGAGGUAGGCAACUCCUCUCGGUCGACCGGAGAUGCCCGCUUGCGACAAUUUCCCUUUUCUCCCGCAUAUUCGCACUUCCCCCCCCCCCCAAGAAAUCCAAGAAACGAAGUCAGUUAGCCAGUAACAAGUGACUAUCGCAUCUUAAAAUGUUAAUACGCGUAUCACUAAAUCACCUUCAGCUAGCCAGGUGAACGGACCCCGACGGGGGAAUAUCACUGCAGCAUCGAAGCGAUUGCGGAGAGGCGCGCCGGUGUGAUAAAGGCCGUAUCACACGAGAGGUUGCCGUUGGCGUUGGCGAUUGCGAUUGACGUUGCCGUUGCCGUUGGGCCGAUCACACUACACGAUUGCGGUUGGGUUCAUACAAGGCAGCGUCAGAGCGUCUUCUGCUUGUGUUGAUAUUUUCCCGGCGAAAGGGCGAGUAGUUGUGAAGUUAUAUUUGAAUGAAAAAUGGAUAGACGACGUGCAAUGGCACGGAAGGCACUGCAUUUACGGAGACGGCGAGCGUGCCUGGCUCUCUUUCUCCUAAUAAUUGCGCAGUAUAAGUCUCUGUCGAAUAGAGAAAUAUGGAUGCAUCAUUGGGUAGCAAGGAGGAGGGAUAAGGGAUUCCACCACAAUUUGUUUAGGGAGCUAAUGCUUGAAGACCCAAAUAGAUUUCGCAGAUGCUUGAGAAUGAAUGUAGAUAUUUUUGAGGAGCUUCUUGAGAAAGUAUCUCCUCUUAUUACUAAGCAGAAUACUUGUAUGAGGGAGAGCAUCCCUCCGGCAGAGAGGUUAUCUGUCACAUUGAGACAUCUAGCAACAGGAGAGACGCAGGAAUCCCUGUCACUUAGUUUCCGUAUGGGGCAGAGCACCAUAUCAGGCAUUAUUAAGGAAACAACAAGAGCGCUUUUUGCUGUUUUGUCUUCUGAUUUUCUUAAAUUUCCCUCAAGCGAAGAAGAGUGGAGAAACGUUGCACAAGAAUAUGAAGAAAAGUGGAAUUAUCCACAUUGCAUUGGUGCCAUGGAUGGCAAACACUGUCGCAUUGAUCCACCACUUAAAUCUGGUUCAAUGUUUUACAAUUACAAAGACACCUUCAGCAUUGUUCUACUUGCCCUUGUUGAUGCUGAUUAUCGUUUCAUUUUUGUGGAUGUUGGGGCAAAUGGUCGGGCUUCUGAUAGAGGCAUCUGGAAUAGGUGCUCGCUCAAAAAAUACAUUGAGAGUGACAGAAGUAAAGUACCAAAACCCUCACAACUACGGGGGACAGCUGAGGAGUUUCCAUAUGUCAUAGUUGGUGAUGAAAGAUUUACUUUAUCAGAAAAAGUAAUGAUGCCCUAUCCAAAGGACACAUGCUCAAAUAGGUUAGACAGAAGAAUAUUUAACUACAGAUUGAGUAGAGCUCGCCGAUGCUCUGAAAAUGCCUUUGGAGUUAUGGGUGCUCGAUUUCAGAUUUUUAGAGCACCCAUGAGAUAUGACCCUGAUGAUGCUCGAAAUUUAGUUAUGGCUGUUGUUUGUCUCCACAAUUACCUGAGGACUCAUGUGGUGGGGCGCUCAAUUUAUGCUCCUCCACAAAUGCUUGACAGAGAAGACGUUAUGACGGGUACAGUGAGACAAGGAGAGUACCAUCUAGAGCAGCCUGGUGGACUUGUGAGAUUUAUAAAUCAAUGUGGAAACCGUCAUGGAGAUGCUGCAAUGGCUGUGAGGGACCAGUGGUGUGCUUAUUUUAAUACAAUAGGUGCAGUUCCUUGGCAGGAGCAAAUGGUUACCUACUGCCCUGCUUAGUUAAGUUAAUAGACAAACUGUCAUUUUGUGUAUUCCAGCAACAACACUUUAAUAACUGUUCAACAGUGCUCAACCAAAUAAUACUUAUGCCUUAUUAAAUGACUGUACUAAUUUAAGAAAAAAGCAUUGUAUUUCAGUAAUACUGUGUACACAAGGAAACUCAAGUCACAUAUAGAGUAGAAUUAGUUUUGGCACAAAUGACAAGUUUAAAAAUUACCCGUAACUUGACAUCAGUCUCAACAUAAAUUGAAACAAAUUGUUUGGCAGACAUGACAAGUUUAAAAAUUACCCGGAACUUUGGCACACUUGACACCAGUCUCGACAAAUUUGAAACAAAUUGUCUCAGUAGGUCUGAAAAUACACAUAAAAGUAAAUGGCACAGUAAGGCUUGAUUCUCUUAAUACUGGCAACAUAUAGAUCUCUCUCUAAAAAAAACAACAGUAUUUAAGUUUAAAGUAUACCCGUAACACACACUAGAUUCUUCUUGCUAUAAAAAAAUUAAGUUAAUCUCAAAUACUCUUUGGACGGCUAUGUGGCCUUCAAAAAUAUCCAAUACAUAAAAAUAUCUUCAUCUUUAUGUAACUUUCAGAUAGAAAUGGGAAUAAUUAGUAGAAAUUAAGAUAAAAUAGGGAAAUUAAACACAACAAUAAUAGAAGACUUUGGAUGGGUUUGGCCUAGAGAUUCAAAAUGGGAAACUUCAGCCCAAAAAUAAUAAAUGACUUUGGACAGGCUUAGUCUAAAGAUUAAAAAAGAGAAAACUUAAAUACAAAAACACACACAAAAAUAAACAAAGACUUUGGGCGGAUUUGGCUUAAAGCUAAGGGAAUCUUAAACACAAAAAUAAUCAAAGAGUUUGGACGGGUUUAGCCUAAAGAUACAAAAAAAAGGAAAACUUAAACACAGCAAAAAAACAACAACAAAGACUUUGGACAGGUUUGGCCUAAACUAAAAUUCAGUUCAUAAAUAUGUUACCAUCAAAAUGGAGAGGUUACUGGGUAUGUGUAUAAGUACAAUGCUCUUAAAAAGUUAGAUACAGAUAUACCUAAUUGAGACUCAUUACAGUACUAUCAGAGUCAAUGUAAAUUAAAAUAGGAAGCAGAAUAAUAUGUUAAAAGGGGAAAAAAUGAAUAGAUGUCACCUAAUACUUGAACAGAACAGACAUGACUUCUU